UUUCUACUGUUAUGCCCUCGCUGGGCUGUAGAAUCCAAACCCUAUGUCCAAUGGAAAGAAGACACGUCACCAGUUGCAUCAGCGUAUUACCUCACUAGCAGCACCAAACUAUCCAACUCCCAUCAUCCAUCAACGCCUCCAAACAAAAACCAUUGCAGCGAAAAAGCAUUUAUAUGCACUAAAACCUCUCUCCCGCUCUCCACUAAAAACCCUAACUCUUCUUCUACAUACCGCUGCAUUUAUCGUUUUUUCCUUUGUUUUUUUUUUUUUUUGGUAGUGCUAGUGUAAAAUUAUUCUUGCCUAAUGGAGGAUAAUAAGCUGAGGGAGCAGGAUUUUUUGGUGGCGUCAAUUUCGCAGCUGUCGAUUUCGGGCAGUUCUUCGCCGCCGGUGGUGGCGAGGUUUCGCUCCGACUCGCUAUUAUUUGGCCCGGAAUCCGAUUCGAGUGAUUCGGUUCAGUUCGAUCUCAGCAACUGCGAGCUUUUCAAGCUAGGACCAUUUCAAUCACUAUGUAUAUCGGAAGCUUCUGAAAUAAAUAAAGAGAAAAGCUAUUCCAGGGGAAUCACCAUACAGUUUAGGAAUGAAGAGGAAAGUAGGGCCUUCCAUUGUGCAUUUGAGCAAUGGAAGAAAGAAGUGGUUGUUCAAGGAUCAUCUUUGCCAAAUGGAAUUUUAUCAUCGUCUAGAAGCAAGUUUGAUGACAAAAUAGAGGCAUCUUCAGCCAAAAUGUACUUCCAUUACUAUGGACAGCUUCUACACCAGCAAAACAUGUUGCAGGACUAUGUGAGGACAGGAACUUAUUAUGCUGCAGUCCUUGAGAACCGUGUUGAUUUUAUUGAUCGUGUAGUAGUUGAUGUUGGUGCUGGUAGCGGCAUCUUGUCAUUAUUUGCUGCUCAGGCUGGUGCAAAACAUGUGUAUGCUGUGGAAGCAUCAGAAAUGGCAGAUUAUGCUCGUAAACUUAUAGCUGGGAAUCCUUUACUAAGCGAAAGAAUAACAGUAAUCAAGGGUAAAGUUGAAGAUAUUGAAUUACCUGAGAAAGCAGAUAUUUUGAUCUCUGAACCAAUGGGCACUUUGCUAGUCAAUGAGAGGAUGUUAGAGUCAUACAUAAUUGCAAGAGAUAGAUUCCUUAUUCCAAAUGGAAAGAUGUUUCCAACUGUAGGAAGAAUACAUAUGGCGCCAUUCAGCGAUGAAUAUUUAUAUAUUGAAAUUGCGAAUAAGGCUUUGUUUUGGCAGCAACAAAAUUAUUAUGGUGUUAACUUGACACCUUUACAUGGUACUGCCUUUCAAGGAUACUUUUCACAGCCAGUUGUGGAUGCUUUUGAUCCUAGGUUAUUGGUGGCGCCUGCAAUCUCUCAUGUUAUAGACUUCACUUCCGCUAAGGAGGAAGAAUUGUAUGAAAUUGACAUCCCAUUAAGAUUUAUAUCUUCUGUUGGCACCAGAAUACAUGGAUUGGCCUGUUGGUUUGAUGUACUAUUCAAUGGGAGCACUGUACAAAGGUGGCUUACUACUGCACCAGGUGCGCCUACAACACACUGGUACCAGUUACGCUGUGUCCUGUCCCAACCUAUAUAUGUUAUGCCUGGCCAAGAGAUAACUGGUCGACUUCAUAUGGUGGCCCAUAAAGCUCAGAGUUAUACCCUUUACCUAACACUGUCAGCUAAAAUGUGGGGUCCUGGUGCUGAACAAGGAGGAAUACUCCAGUCAUCAUCCGGGAAACUCGAUCUAAAGGAGCCUUAUUAUCGGAUGUCUCAACCUCAAGCAUAUCCAAUGUCCCAAGAGCAACCAUCACAGCAACUACUGCAGACACAGGAUUUACAAAUUCAAUCCCAGGAUGAAGAGGGUUCAGAUUUAUUGCAACAAGCGGUGUGAUCCUAGGCCCAACUUACAACAUGAUGAAAGAAAUUAUUAUGCUGCUGGAAUCCUGCCAUAUUUGUACCAUUGUAAUGCCUGGGUCAUUUCUAGCAAUACCAAAAUCCUGACUUACCUGUUGUAAUUAUGUCAGCUUGCUGCAGAAUUUUAUUGUCUUACAUGGCUUUACUUACCUUUAUGUCCUCAUCCAAGCUGACGAAUAAUAGUCUCAUCAAAUUGAAAUUUUGAGUAUGCACAAUUUGCAACUUAGGCAUGCUAAGUUGAAAAUUAUAUGCCGAGGUACAGCCUUGUGGUUGUGGGAUUGAAUUGGUAUGUUUGCCACCGUGGUUCAAACAACCUUUAGAGGCGAGUUUACACAAUUUUGUACGCUUAUCCA